AUGGGCACACGCGCAGACCACUCAGUCCCCUCGCACAACCUUUCCCACCAUCUCGCCCACGCCCCGCUCCACCGCCCCGCCGCCACCGCAUCUACCGCCCCAGACCCGUUCCGCAGACGGCUAUCGCUGGACGGCGAGCUUCCGCAUUCUUCCGUCCGCCCGGACGGUGACAGCGCCGACGAGGACUAUCAGGAGGGCUUGUUCCAGGUCUAUCCGUCCGCUUUUGACGCCGGCCUAGAUGUUUCUGCAUGCUCAAAGGCUGGGUGGGAGCCGGUACGUGGGUCAUUAUCCACUGGCGGACCGAUGCACGGCGUCGAGGUGAGGAAGGAGAACCAAGACGCGUUUUGUGUACUAGCCCCGUUGCAGACAGAGGCUGCGCUGCCGAUCAACCCGCGCUAUGACAGCGCGUCGCCGCCGCCACUGCAAGUGUUUCUAGGGGUGUUUGAUGGGCAUGGCGCCGAAGGGCGUCCCAUUGCGCACUAUGCGCGCGACUACAUUUCAAACAUGUCUCGCGAUGCCGCUGACAAGCUGGUGCGCACGCCGGCCACGACGAGGACAGGGAGGGACAGGGAUAACCGAAAUUCGGGGCCGACGGCGGAGCUGCAUAAACAGCGGCUGGAAACACUCAAGGCAGCAUUCUCGCGAGCCGAGAGGGGGCUGACGGAGAAUGAAGUCGGGAUCGACCACGUGUUUUCUGGGACGACGGCAGUGGUGGCGUGGAUCUUUGGGAGAGAUAUGUACACGGCAUGGACAGGGGACUCUAGGUGUGUGAUUGGUCGGGCGCAGUCUGCCGAACACGGGCGAAAUCGGUUCAAGGCGGUGGACUGCUCGCAUGAUCAGAAGCCCGUGAGGCCGGAUGAGAAGAGGAGAGUGCGGUCAGCCGGGGGUCGGAUUGCUCGAUGGCAGAGAAAUAUGGGGCCGCUGCGGGUGUGGCUACCUAGAGAUUGGACUCCCGGGCUGGCGAUGACUCGGAGUAUUGGAGACACGGUGCUGAGCGAGUACGGGGUUAGCCCGAUUCCCGAGGUGACGUAUCUGAGUCUAGGGGCGCAGGACUCGUUUAUUGUGCUGGCGAGUGACGGGGUGUGGGAGUUUAUGACGAGCCAGGAGGUGGUGGACUUUAUCGGGCGGAUGCGAAGGGAAGGGCGGAGCGCGAGCGACGCGAGUGACGCGCUGGUGCGGGAGGCCGUGAGGCGGUGGAGGCGGAACGAGGUGGUGGUGGACGACACGACAGCCGUGGUGAUGUGGAUGGGAUGGGAGAACGAGGAGGAGGAACGGGCCAAGAGGCCCGGGGAGAUGCUGCUGAACAAGCCGAAGAACUUGUUCGAGAAGACCAAGGCCAAAGUGAGCAUGAAGCCGGCGUCGCUCGGCGUGCACUUGAUUGGAGAGGACGGGCAGCUGGGGGACUUUGUGUGCAAGAACGAUGUGUUUCAGAGCGUGUAG